GUAAUUAAGUGAAACUUGGUGUUAAAAACAAGAAAAGCAGUAGCAACAGUGUACACACAGUCGAUGUUCGUUAUCAGCAACAACACUCUCCUCUCCUCUCCUCUCCUCUCCACUCUGCCUUCAAUCAUACAUUUAAACCCUAAAUUUUUCAUUUGAAUCUUCAACCAGGUGAUGAUACCCGACGGUGGUGCUGUUUGGAUGGAAGGAGGAGGAAACCAGGAUGAAAUUGGAACAUCUUCAUGGACGCCGGCCACCACCACCACCACCGCCAAUCACCAUCAUGUUCUUGGAAUUGAAGCUGCUGCAACAUCAUGCAACGAAGAAACCACCGCCGCCAACACUUACGCUUCUCUCACCACCUUGAAAUCAAUGCUUGAAUCCGAGUGGUAUCAACACAACAAUCUCAAUCUCUCUUCGAAUCCUUCUGAUAACAAUUCAAUCUUCUUACCUAUGGAUUCUUCUUCUUCGUGUUCGCCGUCGCAUUCCCACCACCCGUUCUCUCUCCCCGACCCUUCGCCAUCACACUCAUAUCCCUUCUUUCCCCCCAAAUUCAACAACCCUUAUGACAUUGGGUUUGAUUUCGGAUGCGACCCUGGUUUCUUACCUAAUCACACUUCCAAUUUGAUGAAUUUUUCUGGGUUAUGUUCGCAAACCCACAUCACCAUCCCGGAGCUUUCUUCCAGUUCCGACUUUCCGGCCACCAACAAUAGCAACGACACGAACGACAUUGGAGGACCUGGGUUCAAUCCGCAGUUAACGGCGUUUGACGGUUUUCAUGGCGCUGCACCCAUGAAUCCUUUGUUCGCAGCUAGGUCUAAGGUUCUACGGCCACUUGACAUUUCGCCACCGGUCGGAGCUCAGCCUACACUGUUUCAAAAACGGGCUGCGUUACGACAAAGUUCGCUCAAAUUAGGGGAAUUGGGAGGUACAAAUUGGGGGAAGAGAGCAGAGAGUAAUAGCGGUGCAGUGGAAAUCGAUAAGAAGAGGAAGAGGAGCUUGGCGGAGGAGGACGAGCUUGACGAAACAGCUACCAUGGAUGUAUCGGGAUUUAAUUACGAUUCCGAUGAAAUCGAACCCACCAGUGAACAUCCAAAUGGAAACGGAAACGGAAGCAAUUCGAAUGCAAUGAGCUCUGUUACGAUCGGCGCCGGGGAUCAGAGAGGGAAGAAGAAGGGUCUACCUGCUAAAAAUUUAAUGGCGGAGAGACGUCGGAGGAAGAAGCUCAACGACAGACUUUACAUGCUUAGGUCCGUCGUCCCCAAAAUCAGCAAGAUGGAUAGAGCUUCAAUUCUUGGUGACGCCAUUGAUUACCUGAAGGAGCUUCUACAAAGAAUCAACGAUCUUCAUAACGAACUAGAGGCAACACCACAAGGGUCUUUAAUUCAAAAUUCACCAAGCUUCCAUCCAUUGACACCCACCCCGCCGGCGCUUCCUCAACAUGUGAAAGAAGAACUAUGUCCGACCACCGUCCCCAGCCCCAAAAACCACCCCGCAAAGGUGGAGGUGCGGACGAGAGAAGGGAGGGGUGUUAACAUCCACAUGUUGUGUGGGCGGCGACCAGGGCUGUUGCUUUCGACGUUGAGGGCUUUAGAUAAUCUUGGGCUCGAUAUUCAGCAAGCGGUUAUAAGUUGUUUCAAUGGGUUUACUUUGGAUGUAUUUCGAGCCCAGCAAUGUAGGGAAGGGCAGGAGAUGUUGCCGGAGCAGAUAAAAGCGGUGCUUCUAGAAACCGCUGGAUACCAUGGUGCCAUUUAGCACGUGGUUGGACCCACCUUAGAUCAGCAAUGUUGCUUUGUUUCUUUGAGAAUUGAAUAAAAUCUUUUUUUUUCACCAAUGCAAAUUUGAAUUAUUAGUCAUAAACAUGACUGAUUGAUUGCUUGAUUAAACUUAGGAACUUCGUUUUA